UUCUGUGAACAGUAGGCCUAUAUCUGACACUCAGACGUUACUCUACCUGGGAAAGAAUGAUGUCCAUCUGAAGUGACACAAGCAUCAGCAUUUUUCUUAUUCUUAUUUUCAUACACACAACUUAGGUGGCAGCUUAGUUGAAUAUUUUCUAACACUUAACAAUUGCAUGGCGGGUGGUACUGUUAUUUCCUGUCUCACUGUUGUCUUCCUGUUGCCUAGGGACUUAACCCCAGCACAGUGAGUACAGUGCAGUCACAGAGACACAUUAGAAUACAGUGUAUAUUAUAGUUGAAUUGGAAUGACAGAGGAAAAUAACAUGAUUUCUGAGUGUAUCAUUGACAGCACAAAAUUCAUUAAAAGGGUGGAACGAGAUGGUGAUUCUGAAGAGUGGACUACGGUCCUAUUUGUCAGUGCAGAGACCCUGAAAGGACAUGAUUCUGGUACCAAGACAGAAGACACCAGACCAAAGAGUAGACCUGGAGAAAGUAACUACGGCUCUGAGGGCUCGAAGGGGAGAUGUUCCAGAGUUGCUGCAGCGUGUCUGGGCCUGCUGUGCCUUCUACUACUGGCUGGGAACAUGGUGCUGUUUGUCUACUAUAAUGGAGUCACUGUCCGUUUGGAGGAGAGGUUGUUAGUUUAUAGAACCAGCAACAACAACCUGACUGAACAGAGAGACGAGCUACAGGUCCAAAACAAAAACCUGGAUGAAGAAAAGGCCGAUCUAAAGAGAAGGUACAAUAUGCUGAAUCAAACCUGCCUUGAAGCAUGGAAGAAGUUUGGUUCCAGUUUGUACUACAUCUCUGACUGGACUGAAUCCUGGGAUGAGAGCAGACAGGACUGUCUAAAGAGAGGAGCAGACCUGGUGAUCAUAAAUCAAAUCAAAUCAAAUGUAUUUAUAUAGCCCUUCGUACAUCAGCUGAUAUCUCAAAGUGCUGUACAGAAACCCAGCCUAAAACCCCAAACAGCAAGCAAUGCAGAUGUAGAAGCACGGUGGCUAGGAAAAACUCCCUAGAAAGGCCAAAACCUAGGAAGAAACCUAGAGAGGAACCAGGCUAUGUGGGGUGGCCAGUCCUCUUCUGGCUGUGCCGGGUGGAGAUUAUAACAGAACAUGGCCAAGAUGUUCAAAUGUUCAUAAAUGACCAGCAUGGUCGAAUAAUAAUAAGGCAGAACAGUUGAAACUGGAGCAGCAGCACAGUCAGGUGGACUGGGGACAGCAAGGAGUC